UUCUCUUGCUCUCCUUCUCCAGACUCCAACCGCGCUUCCACUCUGGUUCACUGCCAUUUUUCUCCUUCUUCCCCCUUCCUCUUCUUGGCCACACCCAUUCUUCCAUCUUCACAAUUCUAUUUUCACCCUUGCCUCUUCUAGGGAGAACCAUUGUUAGUCAUCUUUGAACAAAAGACCUUGCAAGAUGCGAGCUCUGCAACCUAAUUUUACCCGUAUGUUUCACCCGACGCCGACCGAAACCGACCCAUGCUCAGCCCUAUGUGGAGUGUCAAAUCCAAUCCCCCUAAUUUCCUAGUUCCUACGUUCUUCAUCUCUCCUUAAAAAAAAAAUUACGUUCUUCAUCUCUACGAUUGCCCAUCGCCUCUUCGCCGCCGCCGGCAUCGCCGAUUUCCACCGCCACUCCGUCAUCAGUUCAACGCAGAAGAGUGGAUUCGAAGCCUCAAAACGGUGCUGACUUGGAGCCAAGGGUACUCCCAAAUUGCUCUUUGUGUAGGUUUACAGUGUCGAUUCAAUUUGAAAUGGCAGCGGCAUCGCAUUUGGGAAGACGAAUAGGAACAGCUCUGAAGGAAAUGAUAGGAUCCAAGAAGCGAGCACCAUGGCACGAUUCUCUCAUGGCUGCAGCUUCGACCGCCAUUGUAGAAAGGAUCCCUUUAGUCGAUAUCAUCGUCCAUGUUAGAGACGCUAGGAUUCCAUCGUCCUCUGAGUGCCACUUGCUCAAAAACUGCCCUUCUUCCUCUAAGCAAAUUAUAGCGCUCAACAAAUCGGAUCUCGCUUGUUCUUCAGGUUUGCAGGCAUGGACAGAAUAUUUUGCGGAAAACAACUGCAUAUCUUGUGGAGUCAAUGCUCAUAAUAAGGAGAGCAUCAGAAAGUUUCUAACCCUUAUACAAGGCCAGGUGAGAAAGUUAGGGAGAACUGAUCAUGCUAAUUAUACUGCAACAGUAAUGUUAAUUGGGAUUCCAAAUGUUGGUAAAUCUGCACUUGUCAAUGCCUUGCAUCAAGUGGGGAGAAUUAGUGCAGCAGAAAAAGGAAAGUUGAAACAUGCAACUGUGAGUCCAGAGCCAGGGGAGACUAAAGAUAUACGAAGUUUUAAGAUUGGUAGCCAUCCCAAUAUUUAUGUGUUAGACACUCCGGCCGUCUUGUCUCCUGAGGUUCCUGAUGUUGAUGUCAUAUCUAAAUUAAUUUUAACAGGCGCAAUUGGGGAUUGUUUUGUUGAGAUAAAAGAAAUUGCUCAAUAUUUUCUAGCUAUUCACAACUCAAGUGAGCAGCAGUACAAGAAAUGGGCAAAGUUAUCUGCCAAGGAUAAUGAUGGAUUAUUCCUCAACAGCACAACAAAACGUUCGACUAGCUCAGGGUUGCACAUGAAGCAGAAAAAGCAAAUCCCUACAGAUCACACACAGGAUUGCAUAGUGCAGGAUGUUCGACAAACACUUUAUGAAACAAUUUCAUCUUUUGAUGGCAAUAUAAGAUGUGAAGAUGAAAUGGCAGCACUUAUAGCUAGGCAAUUUAGUGCCUUGCAGGAAGCAUUCCACAUUCCAACUGAGUGUGUAGAAGAUGCUCAUGUCAAAGUUGCUGGGAAGUUGCUUAAUCUUUUCCGUACGGGUCGCCUUGGACAUUAUGUUUUUGAUAAUCUUCCCAGAAAUAGUCACCGAUAAGGUUUUUCUUUUUAUGAUUUUUAAAUUCUUAUGCCAACGUACGAACAAAGUGCACUUUUGUUAUAGUGACAGCCUUUGUCUUCCAUCUGCAUCAACACUCGUUACAAAGAACGGGUCAUGAGACCCAAGGGCUUCUACAAUUAUGAGGAGCACACACUUUCACA